AUGAAGGUCUCCACAGUUGCUAUCCUCCUUACGGCCACACUGCAAAGCAGCGCAGAGGAGUGUGGAUACGGAGGUUGCACGGAGUACAGCACGUAUGAGACAACCACGCCCGUCGUGACAUACUAUACGACAACAUACCAGUCAGUAUGCACAACACCGAUCGUUUACAAGCCCACGAAGGUCAAAACUAUAACGGUCACUUCCACAUACACAAAGCCCGGUGAGACGAAGAAGUACACCUCAUACAUAACCGAUACGACGACUGAGACCUUGCCCGCUUCAACUUUGACAGAGAAGACAACGUACUCCACCGAAGUUACAGAUACCAAGAGCACGACCAUCUACAAGACGGACACAGUCACAGACACUAUCGUCAUUACUUCGAACAAUACCAUUACAGUUCCCACGACAAAGAAGUAUACGAUACCGGUGCCAACGACCGUCGCAGUUCCUACAACAGAAUAUGAUACGGAAUAUGUGCCCAUUCCAACAAUCUAUGUCUCGUCCAAGACCGUCACGGAAUCAGGGACAACUUAUGUACCAAAGUUCACAAUCACCGAGACUACAACGCGGGUAGAGACUAGCCGGGUGACAACGGAGGUGCCUAUACCUACGACAGUCUUGCAAUUCUCGACCAUCACAGCGAAUGGAACCACUGAAGUCUUGACGUACACCCAAGAGCUCACUCGGACCAUUAUCCCGCCAGCGGAGACAGUUGAGGUUACAAGGAUCUCGACUGUUAGAGAAGAUGGCACCACCUCUCUUGUAACGAUGGUCGAUACCACCACUCUGCCAGGACAAACCAUCCAAAUUCCCGGCCAGACCGUCCAGGUCCCCGGGACCACGGUUGUUGAAGUGCCGCCUGAGGAAACUGUAGAAUUCACAGCCUUCUUCCCUACCACGGUCUAUGUCACAAUGACUGCACCGCCUUCCACCAUAACGGUAGCGCCACCUCCGCCUGCGAGCACGUGCAAUGGAACGGGCUUCUUUCCGGAAAACAACGACGCAUGUGGGGGCGACGACUGCUAUAUUGACUUCGAUCUUCCUGCGGCUGUCCAUUGGGAUCUGCUCCCAGAUUCGCCUAUACUUUCGACCAGUCUCACAUUCCGAAACACGGUCGCUAGCCAGACGUGCAUUACGACGAUCUGUAAUUCUGCGGCGUUCACGUCGUUCUACACUCGAAGCCUGGUGAGCUGUGCGCGACCUCCAUGCCCUAGCAAUUACCUGGACUGCGACUGCAACAUCAUGGUUGGGCCAUUGGUUCUACCCAAUGGGGAGACUACCUCUGUAUUGCAAGAUGGGUCUUCUGGCUGGAACCUCAAUCUUGGCAUGAUCGCGACAGGAUACAACCUUCCCUCGUGCGCAGGGGGGAAUCCACAAUGCGUCACAUCAACGGUAGCCAGCAACACAAGAUCUCUCGUCUACACAGACGACGUGAUCACAUUGGCACCCACAGGGACCUACGCCAAUGGAAGCUACGCUGUGGCAACGGAAUACAUCUUGCCUCAGCUUCCAGCAUACUUCCGACCAAAUGAUCCCUUUGGCAACUGUCAAACUGCGAUCUUCCCAAAUGCGGGCAACGAAGGCCAAGCACGUAUGCUCCGACCAAAGCUUGCCCGCCGAGGGCUCGAGAAGCGUGCCGACGCAGCAUCGUAUACGUGGCCAGGAACUCCGAAUCUCAGGAGAGAUCUCACGAGUGAUGCUGCUCAAUCUCAGGUUCAAGGAACUGACUCUCCAGCACCAGCAGAGGCACCCACUACUAUCGCCGGCCCUACCAUCACGCAACCAGCAGUCACGAUCACGCAGCCUGCCUCGCCAGAAUCGCCCGCUCCUCAGCAGCCUACGCCCACUUCAGCGAACCAACCUACCGCGCCCAGUCAGACGACCGGAGGAGGAGGACAAGCAGGAACCUCUCCUCCAAACAAAGGUAGCACCCAAGUCAUCGUGAUCCCACCUGGUCAAUCCGGCAACACGGGAUCUGAAGCGUCACCAGUCACCCAGAUCGGAUCGCAAGCCCCAGAUGGUCAGACCAAUGCGCCGAGCGGCGGCGGCGGCGUCAUCAUCACCGAAACCAUCUCUUCUGACGGUAGCGCUGUUGUCGUAACUCGGACGCAACCCGUCGCUGGAGGAAGUGCCGGUGGAGCCGGAGAGACAAGCGUAUAUACCUCCACCUUCAUCGAAGGCGGUACGACUAUCAUUUCGACUGACCUUGCUGGUGCCCCUGGAGGAAUAACACGGACCAUUGUCAGUUCUGGGUCGACUAGAGUUACUACUGGGACUACCGUACUGCCAGCUGGUUCUGAUGGGGGAGGAGGAAGCUCAUUGUCUUCUGAUCAGACCACCGGCACAGCAUCGACGACAACAGGGACAGCUGUGACGACCGGGCCUGAUGGACGGGCCACGGCGUAUGUCACGCUAUUCUACAGCAUGGUCAAUGGUAGUGCGGCGGUGCCCAUACAGACUGGCGCGGCUUCGGGAUCUGGCGUGUCGAGUAUGCUUAUGGCACUUUUGAUGUGCUUGAUGGCGUUUGUCGCUCUUUAG